UGUUAUUCGAUAGAAGCUCAACAAAUAGAAUAAAUGAUACAAUAUGCCUCAUUGCCCCUUCCUAAAUCUAUAGAUUUGGAAGUAUCGAGAUGAGCGAAGUACAAUCAUCAUGUACUGGACCACAGACACGGCUUCUCAUAACCUGUCCCUAUAGUGGUUCUACAACCGAUUCACCUCAGGACAACGACAGCACGGUAAACGCGGGCAAGCACUUCGUUAUCCACGUAAAAGAGAUUGGAGAAAGUAACCUCAAGAAAUGCGACAUUUUCCCUACCUCUCACGCAUAUAUCGCAGCUCGUCCGGUCUUCCUCAUCCGUGACCCAAUCCGAGUAUUCGACAGUUGGAAGAACUCGGGACGCACAGAUACCCAGGAUCUAAUCAAUUGCUUCACGAAUCUAUUUCGGAAUCUUGAUCAAACUCCUAAUAAUGCGGCGCCGUUUCUUGUCUACGAACAGGUCAUUCGUGAUCCGCGGAAUGAGAUCAAACGCCUUUGCGCAUGGUGGGGAGUGCCUUUCUCAGAGACAACGAUCGGCUCGAAAAAGCAAUCCGACUCCUCAUUAUCCGUCGCAAACCAUGACAACCAAUCAACAAUCAUAGAAGCCAGUUCUUUUGAGGUAGAGAUACCCUACCAUAAUCUCUUAACUAAUAGCGAGAAGGAUGAUAUUGAAGAACGUGUCGGUAAUCUCUAUCUCCGUUGCUGGAAUGAUGAUGUUCAUCGGCUGCAAGCGAUCCUUGCGGAGAAAACUUGGUUCGGUUUUGAUCUCGACGAUACCUUGCACGAAUUCCGUCGCAGCUCUGGGAAAGCUAUGAACGAAGUCUUCGAGAGUAUUUCUGGACGAUACGACAUUCCUAUUCCUGCGUUGAAGGGUGAAUAUUCUAAGAUUCUCAAGGAAAAAACCGCAGAUGCUUUCUCCGAUGGCAAGACGUCGCAUGAUUAUCGACGGGAAAGAUUCACCUCUCUUAUUACUCAUUUCUCCGCAUCUACAGACAAUGAAUUUUUGGCUGAGCUAUUACAGUUGUACGAAACUACUCUCAUGCAGUCGCUCGAAUUGAAAUCUGGAGCGCUGGGUUUGUUAUCGACCAUUAAGAAAGCGGGCAAGAAAAUUGUUGUUAUAACGGAGGGUCCGCAGGAUGCUCAAGAGAGGACGAUUAAAGGCCUUGGUAUUGGUGGAUACGUCGACUUCCUAGCUACCACCAAUCGGUUUCGCGAUACCAAGAUCAAUGGUCUAUUCCCUAAGGUGCUCAACCAUCUGGGCAUUUCUUCACGCGACAUGGUAUACAUCGGCGAUAAUGAACAGCGAGACAUGAACCCCGCCAUGGCCGAGGGCAUAUUUUCAAUUCACCUAGCUGAGGCCGAGCACGUCUCUCUUAAUACCUCGCCACCGCGAAUCAACACACUAAAUAAAUUACGACAUAUCCUCUUGAGUAGUAUACCAUGAUGCACCAGUCAAUCGGCCAGGAUGCUGCCAGGCAUAGUACGUCGCAUAGUAAAAGCAGUUAGGUAUAUAAAAAUAAGUACUGAUAC